AUGGGAUUUUUGAGUGGUGUUCUCAGUAACAUCAAAGGCCAUUUAGGGCAGCAUAAAGGUACUUUAAAUGAUGCAAUUUACACUCUUAACACCAAUAAACACGCCGGUAAAAAAGGUUUUAAUGCUGCGAUUGAAAGUGUGGUCGCAGGGGUGCGGGGGUAUAAUGGUAAUGUAAAAACAUCCAAUGAUCUUGUUAAAACGGCAAUAAAAAAACUUCAAAGGGACAUGAAAAAUUAUAAAAAAGAAGAGUUACAAACUAAAUUGCCAAAUAACAUUAAUCCAAAAAGGCCUACGGCUUCCACCCAAGAGAGUGUGGAGAAGGCAAUGUCCUUGGUGGAGGAUUGUCGAAAAUUUGCAAAAGACUUUAUUACUGCUGUUGACAUUAAAACCAAUAAAAGUGAGACAAUAAACGCGAUAAAAGACUUAAAUCCUAAAUUACGGGAUACAAUUGAGAACGUGCGUAAGAAUUUGCAGCAUGAGAGUAAGCGUCUUAAAGAGUUGUCGAGUAAAGAGAGUGAGAAGUUGAAGGCGACGGAGGAGAAGAUAAAAAAAGCACUUGGAGAUCUCAAAUGCAACGUGAACAAUAGAAUAGAUGUCCAGGUAAACGAGCUGGUAAAUCAUUUGAGGAAAUUGGUGAAGGAAAACAUUUUGCCUAAAUUGCAGGAGGUUGAUACGAAUUUGUUCAAGUAUGUUGAGACGUUGCAGGAGUGGAUUACGGAGGCGGAUGGUAUUCUAAAAAUAGCGUUAGAGAAGGUUAAGAAGAUAUUGCAAGAGGUGAAUUGGGAUGAUCAGACAAAAUUUCCUAGACAAAUCGUUCAGGCAUCUGACCUUAUGAACAUCCUGUUGCAGGGUAACGCAGAGGAGUUGCAAAAAUGGAGAGACGCGGCCGGGAGCGUUGUGAGCGCGGCGAAGGAGAAGUGUAAGACAAUUGGUGGGAUGGUUGAGACUGGAACUGCAGGUAGUGACAAAAUCCACGGGUUGGCUAAAGAUAUGCAUGAUAAGGCAGAGAAGCUCAGGAAGGCGGCGCAGCACAUUAAGGAUAAUAUUGGUACGUGGGUUAGAACAGCGCUUACGCAGGUGAAGGAUAUGGAUGAGGCGCUUAAAGGGGAUUUGUAUAAGGUGAAGGAGGCGGUGGAUGGGCAGGUGACGGAGAUUAAAACGGCGAUUGGGAAGUUGUAUGAUAAAUUUGAUGCAUACGGUAGAGGUCUGCAAAAUAAAGAAGAAGAUAAGAAGAAGGUUGAAGAGGUUAUCAAACAUUUCAAAAUACAAGUUGCAGGUAUUAGGGGUAACGCAAAAGGUUUUCGAGGAAGCGCCGACGGUCUUGCGGCGAUUAGAAAGUAUGUGUGGGAGAAGUAUGCAGAGAAGUUUGCCGGGUCUAAGUUUGAAGAUGAAAUUGUCAAGGGUUGGAUUGCAGAUAUUUGGGAUAAUAACGGCAUGGUUAAGAAGUGGAUCAAGGGGUAUGUUGAGGGAAAUAAACACCGGAGGAUCACAGGAAGCGUCACAUAUUUUAAGGCGGAACACAUAGAUAAUCAAAAUAAUAUAAUACAGAAGAAUCAUACACAAAAAAUUGCAGGUAUAAUUAUGGCAAAUCUGAAAGACAGAAUAAGUCAAGCUACUUCAAACAUUACGGCUGGAGAAGAACAAACAAGUAAAAUGAAUCUGGAAUAUGUUAGAGAUAUGUGCACUAGUUUUGCGCAGCGCAUCGGUGAGAAGAUUAUGGAAAGUAAAUUUGGUAGCUUUGCAUCCACAAUAGCCACUGAAGUUGACACUACAGUUAGAAAUGAAGAGGUUACAUCCAAUGACGUUGAUAGAGUAUGUUUAACAAACGCCGUUCAUGCCAUUCUAGCAGCUCUAUAUGCCAAAGCUAAGCAAGCUGGUGACCAACUCCAUAAACUGCUUGCAGAGUGCAACCUUGGAUAUAUCGAUAGUGCUUAUAACAAAGCAACAGAUUUCGUAGAAAAACUGGAUAAAGCGCUUAAUGAUACUGACGGCACCAACCACGCCGCCGCCGUCGACACCGCGAUCGACGGGGUGACUAGCAAGCUGGAGGAGCAGUUGCUUAAGGAUGCUGAGAAGCUGGCAAGUCAUGUAAAACUUCCCACUGACGAUCCCAAAUUCCAGGGUUACAGAGGUUUCGUCGCCCAGACAGAAGAAGCACUUCAAUCCCUCAAGAACGGCCUGAAAGGCACCCGCGAUGAAGGCCACCUCCCCGCGGCGAUCGGUGAGAUAAAGACAAAUGUGACGAGUAAGCUGACUGAGAAAGGUCUUGAAGCGGAAAUUAAUGACAGAAACACCUUCACAACCCCCUUCGACCAAAUCACCACCAAACUCAAAACCAUCGCCGGGUUGGUUGAAAAAGGCAAAGGAACAGAGGCAACAGUCCCUGUCGGUGACGCUGACGGUAUAAAGAACAAGUUGGACGCUCUCACCACUGGCCUUGCAAAUGGACCUUUAAGUACUGCAAACGGUUUACAACAGAUUCAAGAGAGCCUCAAGGAUCUGCUUACACAUACCGUGCCACUUGUCACUCUCAAUCUCAACGAACUGUGCAAUGCAGUUAUCGAUGCCGCCGGGCAUGGACGCUAUCAGGAUGGCCUUAACACCAAACUAAGUGAGCUUAAAGAAAUGUACUUUAAGCAGUACAAGGAUGGCGUCACGAAUGCGGAGAAAAGCAUUAACAAAAUAAAGGACAAUCUUAAUAAGCUGAGAGGCCCUGUCACCGAUGCCCUCGUAGCUGCUAAGAAUUUCGUCGAACAAGACGCCGCCGACGCCGAGGAACACUACACGAAGGAACUCAAAAAGUUCAUCAACCAGGACGUAGAGGACGCCAUUUCAUCUCUCACCUCCCACGCCCGUCAGCAGUACGUCGACUCCAUAAAGCUCCUGCUCCAGGCCUUCGCUGAAAAAGCGCAAGAGGAACUAUCACCAUUGCCAAAACUCAUCGACACCGACUUGACAAUAGGCUUUAAAGGCUUCAUGAAAGCUGUCGAGGGUGAAGUUACAGAAGGUGAAACUACUGGAGCAAAUAUUAAGAAGCUUAGCAGUCUGGCAACCGACCCCGUUGAUUCGGCGGAUAAGAAAACAGCAUUCCAAAAUCUGUCCAAGAAUUUCAAGGAGUUCUACAUUAAUGUUCACCUAUAUGUUAAAAAAGAAGCAGUAAGACUGAACGAAGAGGAAAACGACAAAAAGCAUCCCGCUGUCAAGGAUGUCUAUGACUACCAUGGACAGCUCAUUGCAAUUUACGACGCAUUUAAUGAGCUGAUGGCACACAUUCAUAGAACACAUAGAUAUGACCACAUCCUGCCAGGUAUGCUUGAUAAAGUAGACGCUGCGCUCAGCAGCCUCAAACCUGACGGCUUUGCCAAGCCGAGCAGCCCGGUCAUCGACGGUCUCAUUGCGGGGCUCACUCACUUCAUCGGUGAAAUGCGUAGGGUUUACAUCUCAGCAUAUGAUAGUGUAACGUUUGGCGGUGAGCUGGUGAGAAAUUUGCAGAGUGAAAAAUCUGAGUUAACAAAGGAAGGCCGAAACGUCGCCAAAGCGUUCCUGACUUUACUGGCGACACUGUUCCACGACCUCGACCGGUUGAGAGGCGAAUGUAGAAGUUUGAGUAAACAGAAAAUCAACCAAUCCACUGACCUCGGAAGAACUAUGAGAGGUCUUGGUUACAGCGUUUCUGUCGAUAAGCAGGACGGUGAAUUGCAGAAUAAGGAGACAGUGCUCGGUGAGAACGUAUAUAAAAGAAUAUUGUGGCCGAUAAAGGAGGCAGAUGAAAAUGAGCAUCUUGAGAGAUGUGAAUCGAGAGAUCACGACAGAAAUGAUAAGUUCCACCUCUUAGACGUUCUUAACUGUAUCUGCAGUCACGUGGAAGAGUACAAUCAGGUCAGCCACUGUGCAACCUUCGCAGCUAAGAGGCAGCCAUGUAGUGUGUUUGAAAUGCUUAUAUGGUUUGCUGGACUGCCGUACAACAACGCAUAUGCUGAGUUGAAGUCCGACGGUUUCACUGACCUCCUGGAUAACCCUGCCAAACCGCUCACCGAUGAUGACGACAUCAUCGUAUACGACAUGGAUUCGUUCUACAUCGAUGCGUGUCCCAGAAAGUUCACAUAUAGGAAUAUCAGAACCGUGCUACACCACAUCUGUACCAAAUCCUACGACAUCCUAUGUGCUAUCGGAGGCCACGGCGACGCCGGCACCAUUUAUGGCAUUGACUUCUGCAACAACUCCUUCAGUAUGAAAUACCCCCAAAGCGGCGCCGAUUGUCUGCAGAUGUUCUUAGAUGUUCUUCGUAGAAUCUUACCGCCGCUUAGGUACUUAUUCAAGCGAUGCGGUGUAAAGGCAGACCAAUUCGGGUGGAGUGACUGCCUAUACGGUAGGGAUAUAGCCACAGGCAAAUCGCAAUGUACCGAGCAUUCUAGCGAUGAACCAAAGUGCCAACCUACGUCUCCGCUAAUGAGCUACUUAAAUGACUGCCUGCCAGGGCAUUUACCACAUCAGGUAAGCGCUAUUGGCUGCAAGGCUGAAUGUAAAACAUGCCCUACCUCCAAACCAGGAAUGCCGUGCUUGACACCGCUUGGCUUUAGAGGAUUUUCGGGAUCGACGCGUAAAGGUUGGGAUUUGUAUGAAACCCUAAGUUAUUUCUUCGGCACCAAUCUAAUUUCAUCGCUGCUAUGCGUCGUUACGAAACCGCCGUCUACGUUGCCUGAACACUUCGGUUUUGCUUUGUCACUUGUUAAUAAGUGGCAUGAAUCUGGUACUCAUCUUAUUAAGGACGCAUUCCAUUCGUCCACUCUCAGCAGAUCCAUUGGCCUGUAUGAUCAGACUGCCACACUGACGGACGCACUUCGUAAUGCGUAUGGUAGCACUCAGAAUGGUCAUCCAAAUCGUGAAGUCAAACGUGCUGACUUGUCAAGUUUGUCAACGUCGACAGCAAGUGCGGAGCAAACUGCGUACACCGCUCCAUACCUUCAUUCACUAUGCCACGAUGCCUACUACUACGUAGCCAAGAAACACGUGAAUGCGUACCUUUCCUGGGCUCUGUAUCUACCGUGGGAUCUCCACAAAUAUCUUGAAAAUUUACAUGACGCAUUGAAAAAUAUUUUCUGCCGUGAUUGGGGAUGCAGCACGUGCCUCCGUGCUGACAAAUGUAAACGAGGCGAACACGGUAUUAUUGAAGGGGCUUGCAAAUGCUCCUCCGUCGUCAGCUGCAAAGGCAUUUUGCCUACGCUGUAUAAAUACGGCUUCGUUUUUGAAGACGCCAAGAGUUUGACCGCAUCCGAGAAAACAUGUUUCGCAUUUAUACAGCAAGUCCAAAACGUCAUUAGAUCAGCAUACUUCACGGAGUUAUUUGACAGGUGCGACGAAUUCAUAUUCACAAUCAGAGCCCCAUUCCUGUGGAUGACCGUCGCCCUUUGGUCACUAUCACUCUUCUACCUCCUUUGUGUCAUGGUUGGCAGGCUGGAUGUGCUCCACAUACGCUCACACCUGAGGAUACCGUCAUCGCACAAGAUAACAGCGCAAUCAUUGUUGGCUGCAGCGCAAGUCGGAAGGCUUGCCAAGAUAUCGUACCUGCAACCGUAA